AUGCACGAUGCCGAAGAGUCAGACGACUCGGAUAUUUCGUUGCUCGACAUUCUAGGGAGCUCGGAAAGGCUUGUCAAGGGAAAUGUCACCUUUGACUGGGCAAAACUUCCGACGAGUAUACUCGGGACGGUCCCGGAUCCACCACAAUCAGCUAAAAAGCAGCUGUCGGAGCGAAGGGCUUUGCGGGAAAGCACAGCGAGUAAGAUCAACCGUAACGGACAUGACAAGCGCAUGGACGAGACCCGCACGUUUGUGUCUGAAAAUCUUGCGAAGUGGGCCAGCCGAUCGCUUCGCAACGACGCCGCCCACACUAGGGAGAAGCCUGCAACGAUUCUGAAUACCUCCCUUGGAAGCAAGCCUAUAAAGAAUACUAGAGGAGAGGCUUCGGGGACUGGCGAGCGUGUCUUCAAUUUCACCAACUGCCAGUUCACUUAUCAAAAGCCGAGGGUCGAUACGGCCGAGGAGGAGCAGGAGUCAAAUCGCAGCUGUCUCAGCCUAAGUGCGAUACUUGAACCACAAUCCGGUCUUACUUCGACCGACACGCGGUUGGCUGGCAGCGAACCGAGGGCGACAGUUCGGCCGAAGGACGCACCUCUCCCCAUGAAGCAAGAUAUGUGCGAUGAUUCCCCAGCAAGUCGCUUGAGCAUCCAUCAAUUGCUGGACAUCGUGAAGGACAUUCAUGACGAGGACGAAGACAACGGGAGGAAUGAGGUUGGACAUCCGAAGACAACUGUCCAGAAUCCAGAUAUAUCGCGAGCUCAGCGAGAGCAGCACAAAGCGUUUUUGAACCUGCAUAAGGAUCUCAGCGAUCUCGCCCGGCGUCUGAAGGACCAGGAUGAAGACUUGUCGAGCAGGGAGCGCGACGUUGCCGUUCGUGAAGAUGUCGUUCGAGACCUCGAAGCCCAUCGAGUGAAAAAAGUUGAGAGAGAAGUUGCGAAGAGGGUCGUGAAAUACGAGACGGCCGCGAUUGAGACAAAUCGCCGCCACGAACAAAUCGUCAGCUCCCAUCUGAAAGAGAUCCGGCGACUACAAGCGUCAAACAAGGAAGUUAUCGCCGCGAAUAAGGAGCUGAGAGGAAAGUCUCGGGAUAGGGGUCGCCGACUGAAGGGCGAUUUACAUGGGGAACCGCUCAAGAGCGAGAAUAAGCUCGAGCAGCUGCAGCAGCGCAACGGUUCACAGCACUCAGCGCUAUCCAAGAGAUUGUGCAAAAACGCAAGUUCUCAGACCGUCGCUCAUACUGGUGGUCAGAUCGAGAAAGUUGCAGAGGAUAAGCUUCGACGAAUGCAGUCUGCGCUAGCAUAUCUGAUAUGUUCAAGUCGGCAUUUUCAUGUGAAGCCAUCAAACUUUCUUCGCGAAAGUUCACCGGCCGCAUUUGAAGUGCUUUCUACCAUAUUCCCCACGAAAACGACACCACCCGACAUGAUGGAGUUAUGCUUGGCAUUUAUUUACAAUAUCAUCAACCAGACAGAGGAAGUCGGGGCAAGUCAGAGAAAUGAGCUCGCCCAACAAGCAUUGAAGCGCCUCAGUGAUCCUCCUUCUCACGUCAUCAGCGAAUCUAUUACGUUACUUCUCUGCCUAAUCAUCCUGCCCUGCGCUAUACAAGAGGGCCCUCUGCAAACAGCUUUCGACCAUUUCGUCCCACUGCUCACCUCCGAUGAAGGGAAGGCGGCUUUCGUUCACUAUUGUGCAGUUGAGGUUGUUCAUCCUUUCCUGAGAAGCGAUGUCAAUGAGAACUUGAGGGCGUUGGCAAGUGUGACGCUGUUGACUCUUUCUGCGGAUAGUGAUAAUCUGCAGUCCUUCCUAACCCAAUGCGCGCAACCUGAAUGCCUCAGAUCGUUCGUAGCGGCGCUAUCAAGGUCAUCAACCUUGCCCAAUACCCACAAGAAAAAUACCCACCAUACUUUGACGGACGCAACUGUUGUCGAGAACAUCGCUGUCAUCAUACAAAAAAUGUCACGCCUGCCUGAACUGCACAUGCGGUUGAGGAGCCACCCGCAGCUCAUCCCGACUCUGAAUGAAUUGAUACAAGAGGAUGGAAUCGAGUCGGAGUUCCUGGCGUUCAAUGUGAGGUCCGCACUGGAUAAUCUGGAAUAGCAUAGGACUGUACGAACUAUAAAAACGUCUUCACUAUAGUAGAGUUUGAUUUGAACUCAACCGUCGGGACAUCGGGUGUCGGCGCUUUGCCUCUGGGGGUUAUGAGGAGCGUAAGCCCCCGCGAUUGUCACAAUAUAUGUAUCAUCGGAACAUAGGCUGGAG